GAAUAGCCCAGUUUUCAAUAGUGAUGCAACUAAAAUUAAUUUUUUCUCCUUCUUCUUUCACACCCGCACACCAUAUCCAACAUUUUCAAUUACAAUACAAAAUCAAUUGUGCGCCUAAUCAAAUCGAUGAACACGCAAUUCAACGAUUUAAUCAACGGCAUAAACUAUCUACUACGCAAUGGAAUUGGAAUAAUGGCGAAAUCGUGGUAAUUGUGGCAAUGAAUCCGUGGUGGCAAACGGCAGGAUUAGGCGUCUAUAUCUCACGCAUCGAAGAGAAUUCAGUAGCGGAGCGCGCCGGCCUGCGCCCCGGUGAUACAAUCCUAGAGGUGAACGGUACGCCAUUCACUUCAAUAAAUCACGAGGAGGCGUUAAAAAUGAUGUUUCAAAAUACAUAUAGUAAAGCCGCCGACGAUGAGCACAUGUUGUGAUAGAUACUCUACUAUAUUCAGCAGUAUUUAAUAUCAAUUGUCACCGAUCAGCUUACAUGCACAUGCAUACACGCCAAAACGUUUACCCAAUCACAACUACAACAACAACUCAUGCUCACCCAAUGGAAA